AUGGCUCGCGCGGCGGUGAACAUUGAGAUUGGCGUCUCCACUCCGACCGUGGCCGACCUGAAGAAGCACCUCGCGCUGGCGACCGACCAGUGGCAGGCAAACUUCUGCGUCGUGCCGCUCGCCCACCCGCGCUACUGGCGCGACCACCGUCGGCCGCGCGCGGAGCAGUUCACACGGUCCGACUUGGUGCUUGACUCGAACGCGUGGUGCCGGCUGGUGGUUGGCAAGCUGUCGCCGUGGAUCCGGCUCGACUCGGCCGACGAGGCGCUGCGCAAGCAGUCCGAGGCCGCCUUCAAGCAGGAGGUUGCGUGGGCGGCACACCUGAACGUGCCCGCCGUCAUGCUGCCGCCGGUCGGCUCGGACGCGGUCAACUACGCGCACUGCGUCAACCAGGCGCUCCUCUCUGCGCCGCACAUCCAGUUCUGGGUGCGGGUGCCAAUCACGCACCCGCCGCAAAGCACUGCCGAGGCGGCGGGCGGCGACGAGGACGGCAGCAGCGGCACCGGCGCGUGGGCGAGCUGGAACCGGCUGCGCUGCCUGUGCGAGCACGCGCCCAACCUGGGCGUGUCGCUCGAGCUGGGCGCCGACCUGCCCGACGACGAGGCCGAGCUAGAGCGCUGGCUCGGCGAGCCUUCCACCCUCGGCCUUCCCGGGAGCCCUCUGGGCAUCUUGCGCGAGCCGCUCCGCGCGGUCGUCACGCCGGCGGUCGCAUACCUGACGAACAAGCGCGGCUACCCGACCCUCUCGCGGAGGCACCAGGCCGCCCUCGCGCGCCUCCUGCAGCACAAGCCGCGCCUGCUCGUCUCUGGCCGCGCCGACGCGCACAGCGAGGGGCUCGGCGCGCACGUCCAGUACUUGCGCUACCUCGUCUCGCAGCGGCUCGCGCCGUCGCAGCAGGAGCGGCCGCAGCCGAGGGCGGCAGCGGGUGAGUCGCUCCGGUACGAGGCGCCGUACUACGACUUUCUGCAGGCGCCGCUCCAGCCGCUGCAGGACAACCUCGAGUCGCAGACGUACGAGACGUUUGAGAAGGCGGGAGGGGGCAGAGGCAGACAGGGGGCUCUGCGGGGCGGCGACCCGGUCAAGUACGAGCGGUACGAGAGGGCCGUCUACCUCUACCUCUGCCAGCGGCACCAGCCUGGCGGAGAGCCCGCCGUCGUGAUGGUCGUCGGGGCGGGGAGAGGGCCCCUCGUCGCCGCGACGCUGCGCGCGUCCGCUGCGUCGGGCCGGCGGGUGCGUGCCUUCGCGGUGGAGAAGAACCCGAACGCGGUGGUGACGCUGCGAGGCCGGUGCGCGACCGAGGCGGGCUGGGACGCGGUGACGGUGGUGCCGGGCGACAUGCGCGAGUGGGAGGCGCCGAGAGCGCCCGUGCUGGCGGACCUGCUCGUGUCGGAGCUGCUCGGCUCGUGGGGAGACAACGAGCUCUCGCCAGAGUGCCUCGACGGCGCGCAAGCGCCACCUCAAGCCGGCCAUGAGGCGCGCGCGCAGCGCUACCUCAAGCCGGGAGGCGCCUCCAUCCCGACCGACUACACGUCGUACGUCGCGCCGCUCUCGUCCUCGCGGCUGUGGAACGAGGCGACGCCCUCCCAAGGGACCCGCGACGACUUGGCGCACUUUGAGACGCAGUACGUCGUCAAGGUGCACCGCAUGGGCGUGGCCCCCGCACCACUCGCCCUCGCCCCGACCCACGACCCACGACCCUCAGGCGCGAUCGACAACUCGCGCGUGGCGCAGCUCUCGUUCGACGUGCCGCUUGGCGGCGAGCUGCACGGCUUCAUCGGCUACUUCCACUCGACGCUCUGGGACGACGGCUCCGAGGCGGUGCACAUCUCGACCGAGCCGAGCACCGAGUCGGUCGGCAUGUUCUCGUGGUUCCCGCUCUUCAUCCCGCUCCGCACGCCGGUCCUCGUGCCGGAGGGAGGCCGCGUCGAGGCGGCCUUCUGGCGCAACGCCUCGCGCCACCGCGUGUGGUAUGAGUGGGCGCUCACCGAGCCGCAGCCGUCGCCCAUCCACAACCCGAACGGCCGCUCGUACCACAUCGGCCUGUGA